AUGUCCCCGAACGGCCAUCAGGUAGCAGACUACCUAUUGUCGCAGCUGCUGCACCUCACUCGCUCCUCCGCUGGCUGCAUCUCCAGCGCCCUCCGCCGCCCCCGCGCCCGCAGCAGCACCAGCAAAAACAGCAACAGCAGCAGCGGCGGCGGCGGUGGCAGCAGAGAGGACGAGGAGUCGCUGUUUCUUCGGACGCACAGCAUCACCAACUUCGCGUGGACGCCGUAUCUCAAGGCGUGGUACGCGGACAACGCGGCCUCGGGAUUGGUGUUUGGCAACAUGAACACGCUCAUGGGCAAGGUGGUUACCACCGCUGACGUCAUUAUGAGCAAUGACGUGGCGUCGGAUCCGCGGUCGAGGGGAGUGCCGCCCGGGCACCCGCCGAUGACGACAUUCCUUGGCGUGCCGCUGUUCUCAGGCUCUCGUCUUGUCGGCAUGUUCGCAGUGACCAAUCGCGAGGGCGGCUACAGCAAGGCUCUAGUCACAGAGCUGCACGUGCUAACCAAGACAGUGGGGCAGGUUGUAGCGGGGAUACAGCAGCGGAGGCAGCGGUGGGAGCGUGAGGAGCGGUUGAACGCGGUGCUGGAGGGUACCUGCCAAGCAGUGCUGUCUGUAGCGCCCUCCGGCCGUCUUUCCUGCAUCAACCGCUCUGCUCGAAGCCUCUUUCGGGUUUCGGAUGAGGCCAUGGCUCCUCGCCCCUCCAAUUUGGGAGCAGCAGCGGGGACUGGAGCAAUGACGUCCGUUAGUCAACCGCUUGCGAGCCUGUGCGAAUCCGAGUUGGCACUAUCAGAGCUAAUUGAGACCAUCGAUGGGGAAACAGACUUCAUGCGACAGGAUGUGCUGCAGAGAUAUGCAGAAUCUGGAGAUGCCUUUCCUGCUGUAGGGCUGCGUCAGGAAGGCAGAUCCAGGCAUAGCGAUAGUAUCUCCCAAGGUCACAUGACUCAUGACACGUCAGCAGCAGGUGUCAGAAUGAACCUUCGUGUGCAGUGA